GAAAACCUGGCUAGCAUAUUUCACUUAGCCAAACGAAUGCUAUGACGCAGCUGGAUUACUCGAUAUGCGCGACGUUUUGGUCGUGCUUUGGCGUGUUUUCGCGGACAAUCGAAUUUAUUUAUACUUUGGUGCGGGUUAUUUAGCGGUAAUGCAAUGACGAAGCCAAAGACGUGCUUUAAGAAAACGUCUCUUUCACGGAAACUGGCAUAAGUCGACCUCCAAAGACGCCAAUUCUCCGCAACACAAUCCAGGAGUGGUCGCCGCAGCCACCACGUGAGCGUCUGCACCGAAGCUUUCGCACUCGCCGGAACGCUCAAAGCAGAACGCCGGUGUUUCAGCAGCUCUCAAAGCCUGAGCUUCUGCAGAAAUGUCACCAUGGAAAAACUCGGAACGCGAAUGAGGCGUUCAACAAGGUUGUAUGGGAGCACGCUCCGAAGAAUGUCUUUCUUGGCCUCAAGAGGCUGAAAAUAGCGACAAUGGAUGCUGUGCUAACUUUUAAUGACCGCAGCACUGCUCGAGCCGACAUUUUGAGGUCAUUCGGAGUUUCUCCAGGACGGUUCACAGUCCAGUGGUUGCGCGAAGUUGACCGGCGGCGACUGUACAUUGCGGAGAGGGCUGGCUACACGACUGGUAACUAAGGAGGUCCGGAAAACAAGGCAGCUAGCACAGAAAAGUGUUGACGAUGGAGGGGACUACCAGGCUGGUGGCUAUUGAAAAAAUGCGCUAGAAUUUGUUUCCAUAGUUCUAUAUUGCAAUAAGCUCUUUCUUCCACUUCAAAGCCAAUUAUCUCAAAACACCAAAUUUUGCUGCAUUUGACCCUUUUUUUCAGAAACUACAAGCGCUAGGGCGAUAACAUUUUCCAGGUAUUGAGCAAACAUUACAGAAAGUCUAUUGAACCAGGAUUAUAAAUAUUCUUGAAUGGGAUUUUUGUUUACAGGCUGUUUACUGCAGAUUUUGGCUCUAAAAUUUGGUGGGUCCAGUAAAAAAACGAAAAAAAAUCUAAUCUUUAAAAAGAAGUAACCCUGGUUCAGUUACACUACCUAACAUUGCUGAUUACAAUGCCACGAAGAAUAAUUUUCUAACCCCAGCAGAUAACGAGAAAAAGGGUAACGAACAUAGCCUAAAAUGCAUGGCUAGAAUAGGACCUACCCUGUCCCCUUAAGUGCCGCUACGGUGGAGCAAUUGCCGGCAACAACUGCAAGGCUAAUCCCACCAGUAGCCUACAACCACUCAACUCAACUCAACUCACCCGACCGACACCUUUAAAAGGGAUGUCGGCUUCAUUCACCAGCAGUGGACACGGCAGCACCACCAUAACUAUUUCACCUGAAGUUCCGCUUCUGUUGCUGGUGUUCUACGGAUGCAUUUGCCUCAGAUCGCUCACGGAUGCUUCUUUUCCCCCUUAUGGACAACGUCUGAUUACUUUAAUAAGAUAUUAAGAAAUUUAUCAUGUAUCAUAUAUUUGAAUAAUCCAUCUAAUUCCUGACCAGUCCCCGUAGUGGGUAGGAGCCACGUGCUGGAACAACAGACGUCGAAGUUACCGUUCUCACGCGCAGUCCUCGACACGCGCGGCGCCGAACGCGCCCACAACGCCGUAAAAUCAGCCAGGUGUGGAUCACUGUGACCAGCUGCUGCUGCUGCUGCCGUGCCGCAGGAACACUCCAAGGCCGGCACGCGGCAGCAUGGCGACGAGCACCUCGGUCGUCUAGGCCAGUCUUCCGGGGCCUAGACGUGUUGUCGACAACUGCCUCCUCCCGGGAAAGCAGCCCGAGAACCUUGGCCCCGUGCCGCCCGCCCGCGGCAAAACCACCAGCGCACGACCCGGAACAACAUGGCGCAUGCCGCGGACAACCUGACGGAGGUGUUUGUAGUGACGUCCCGGCUACAAGGCUCAGUGGUGGGCUCUGCGGCCACCCUGAUGGGGUGGCUUACGAGCCCCAUACCACAUCAGACUGAAGCUUACCGUCAUUGGGGCCUAGCGUUCCGACAUGGGCCGGAGACACCAGGACAAUUACUACAGGUGGUUGAUGCCGGCCCGCAUCCGGCCUCUGGCCGGAUUGUGGCGAGCACUACUUACCAAACAAUGGAAGAAUUGAGAGCCACCUGCACGAGCAUGUCCGCCACGCGCCCUACAACCGCCAUCACGGUCCGCCUGGUUGGCCCUAAGCAGCGCGGCGCCAACCUCCCCGUGUGCCCUAGGCUCGCACGUCACCCCGGCCGCCUGCAGCAACAGCAGUCCUGGGCCCGCAACAUCAUGGCCCACGCCGGUGCUGGACUCACGGAGGUCUACUUGGUGACGUCGGACCUACAGGCCACGAAAACGGCAUUAGGGGCGUCGGUCCUCAGGCGGGCUACCUCGAUGGUAGCUAACCAACGACGAAGUUUCACACACUGGGCCGUCGCAUUUAGAUACCCUCCCCCAGGGCCGCUCUAUGAAGUGCACGAAGCCGGCCCGCACCCGGUGACGGGACGCGUGAUCGCGAUGAGGAGCUUUCAGACGUUCGAAGAGAUAAACAACGAGUCAUCAGAAGUGAGAAGUCUGGGCAGCUACCCACUUACCAAGGAAGCCGUAAACAAGGCAGUUGAACACCUGGCUGAUUUGGGACAAUACCAGAUCCUAUCAAUGAACUGCCAAGAAUUUAUAAGAAAGCUCCUCCUUCGGCUGAACUUGCCUCUGCCGAAGGAAUUUGUCACCGCAGAGAACGCAGUAUUGGAGGCCGCCGUCCGAGGCACCAUCAUGAGCGCCGCCGCAUCGGCCCUAUGUCCGCCACGCGCCCGACAACCGCCAUCACCGUCCGCCUGGUUGGCCCGAAGCAGCGCGGCGCCCACCUCCCCGUGUGCCCUAGGCCCGCACGUCACCCCGGCCGCCUGCAGCACCAGCAGUCCUGGUCCCGCAACAUCAUGACCCAGGCCGGUAAGCCCGAAUAUACAAGUGCUUUAUUGCAAUUGCAAGUAAA